GCUGUAUUGCCAUCAGUCAGAUUAAUUCGCGAUUAAAGAUUCGACAUUGUAGUUUGGGACAAGAAUAAAAGAAGAAUGCAAACUCAGAAGACGAUUUCCAGCUUUUUCAGUCCUUCUAGCACUGGAAUCAAAAGAAGGGCAGAAGAUGAGGAUGCAGGCACAGACGAAAAUGCGAAUUCGCCGCCUCUUAACCCGAAGCGGCUGGCUGUAAAUCUCUCACCAGAGCAAAGAGCUCGCAUCGAAGCUAAUCGAAAGGAGGCACAGAAGAAACUGCUCGCGAAUAAGAGUCCACAGUUCUUCGGACCUUCGUGGAAGAAAGCUUUGGCAGCGGAAUUUACCAAGGAAUAUUUCCAGAAAGUACGUGUGCAUUGAAUCGAUUAAUCUAUUUCCACAAAUUUAUGACUUGAAAGGGUAAUAAUAAUUAAUGUUGAAUUAUUAUGUCAAUAGCUUAUGAAUUUUGUUAAAGAAGAGAGAUCACGCAAGACGGUCUAUCCUCCAGGUACGUAAAUUACAUCCCCAUUCCUCCUGAGUGUUUUUGUUUAUUUGAUGUUUUGAUUAAUAAGUGUUCAAUUAUUUUUAAGAGCAUUUUUUGUUUUGUACUUGUAGGAUAGCCAAGCUUACAGGAGAAUUUUAAAAACACACGUACUAUCCUUAUGUAAUCACAGACAUUUUAAAAGAAUAAUCAGUAAUUCUGAGAGGGGUGCUGGGUUGUGGUUGAAAUUUUUUUUUAAUACCUAAGAUGUGAUUUGGAUAUUUUACCAAUUAGUCUGGAUUUGAUUAGAAAAAAAAAAAUGACAAUUAUGUCCAAAUGGUUUUAGGCUGACAUCUUCAAGGUGACAUUUUUAUGCUUUAAGAGACUUUACUUUUAGAGCUGGCAUUUCUUGUAAGGAUAUUUACUGAUGAAAUCCAUCUCCUUCAAGAACUACCUUUGUCAAUGCCUUUAUGCUGGGCCAAGAUUGUUAGGAAGCAAGUGAUGCAGUUUUACUGAUACCUCAAGCUAACUUUGUUUUUGUUUACUGAAAAUAGAAAAGGAUGUGUUUAGUUGGACUCUUCAGUGUAACAUCCAUGAGGUAAUUUUUGAGAUUUGAUUUACCACAAAUGAUCAUUCUUGAUUAUGUCUAAAUUAAGGACAAUCAUAACGAUUACCACAUGAAACUGUGGCUAGGGUCAUCAAGAUGUGGAGAACAUUUCAUUCUGUGUAUGCUGCAUUUCCUCAUUAAUCAAGAAAUAGGAACAGAUGCAAUUGAACUACCGAGACAAUUUGGCAAACACUGUGGAAAAAACGUAUCUUAGCAUCCUGUCCCCAUAUUUAGGCAGUUACAGUUACAAGUUACUGCUAAGAAUCAAAGAAAUGAUUCUAAAGGGAUAUAAAAGCUAAACCAAUUGUACAAAUGUAAAGAGAGUUUUAAAGGGACUUUUCCUUUUAUUGUUUCUAUUUGCUGUGAGUGAGGGUGUGAGCAGAUAUUCUACAUGGACAAGGAAUCAACUUUAGCCACAUAUUUGUAUUUGGGGGACAAACCAAGUUAUGCUACUAUUUUAUUAAAAGAAAGGAUCGCAUUCAUACCCAAACCCUCUCGGCAGUGUCCCUGAAACAAUUCAGCAGGGGUUUCAAAAUAUUUUGAUGUAGGCAUCAAAUUUGGCAAAAGUAGGUGACAGUGAAAAAGGAUCAAAAGGUAACUAUUUUGACAGUAGUAACCAGCGACACAUUAUCAAAUAGCCAGCAGAACUACGGUGGUCACCGGCUUGUUUUGAAAUCCUUAAGUCAGUGAUAUUCUUGUACAUCAGGUUAAGGUUGUGAUUAUUGGUCAGGACCCUUAUCAUGGACCAAGGCAGGCACAUGGUAAGUUUCAAAUAACCUGUUGAAUGAUUUUCUGCCCAUUAAGAUUUACUAUUAGUCAUUGAUGUCUGUCCACAAUUACCUUAAUGGUCUUGAAAAUGACUCCUUUUUCAGGACUUUGCUUCAGUGUUCCUCCUGGAGUUGGUAUACCACCAAGGUGGGUGGGAAAAAUUGAUAUUUAAGCAGAAAUUACUUAUUUUAGACUUGACCAUGUAGAUCACAGGUAAUGUCCUUUUCCUUUAUAUUCAACAGUCUGGUAAAUAUAUACAAAGAGUUGCAAAAUGAUAUUGAGGGCUUUGAACCACCUAAACAUGGAUAUCUAUUGGGUUGGGCAAAACAAGGUGAGUUGAGUUUGGCUCAUAAAAAGUGUAUUAAUAUUAUGAACAUACAAACAUGGCAUAGAGAAAGACCUGUGUCUCCCCAUGAUGCCAUUUUAAACUCAGCCAGUUCUGAUCUCUUGAUAAGAUGCUCAUCAACUGAGCCACAGAGAAUUAAUGUUGGUGAGACAGGAUUGGACAAUGAUGUUUAUAUUCAGCAAUUAGAUUCUUAUCUCAAGAUUUCUUCAAUGAGAUUUUGAUGAAUCUACUAUUUUGCAUAGUUAUCAAGAGCCAAUAAUUGAAUUGUUUUUGUACAAAAUCUACCUUUUGUACAAGGCUUAACAAGACAGGCUUGUGUAAUUUUUUACAAUUGCACAUUGCCAGGUCACUCAUCAUCUAUCACAAAAUAGAAAGCAAGGGGCAGAGCCAAUCAGAUACCAGUAUUUUUGCUAGAACACAGAAAGACCUCUACUAAUACCUUAGUAUUAGUACAGACUGGAUCAUGCAAUAGUUUUCAUUGGCUUAGCCAUCAUGGGUUAUGAGCCAUUACACCAUGUGCAUGUAAGAGUCUUGUUGAGAUAAACAAUCUUAUUGAUAGUAUUUAUCAUGUGUCUUUCUAUUCUUUAUCAAUAGGUGUACUGCUCCUAAAUGCUUGUUUGACAGUUGUUGCUUCACAGGCAAACUCUCACAAAGAUAAGGUCAUUAUAUGAAAUACCUUCCUUAAAUUUAUUAUUUGAUAUGACACAUAUAUCUUUAUUGAGUUAUAGGACCACAUUAAUCAGGAAUCUAUAUUAAUUAAUAUAGUCCAAUAGUGGUAGCCCAACCCAUCAAUCUAAACAAAAAAAUCCCAUCCUAACUUCAAGCUUCCCUUUAAAACUUCUCUUUAUUUAACUCUCCCCCCCCUUCUCGCCAUUUACAAAGUGUCUCUCCCCACCCCAAAGUGUUGAUAAGUGGAUUUAGCAAACUGUUCGAGAAACUUGACAAAAAGCCAAGGCAUUACCCUGUAAAAGACUGAAAUUCUAUCCUGGGGGGAGCAAUACCCCUAAUUCCUUCUUGCGGCUGAAACUGGGAUAAGCUCUGGUAGGAUGGGCUGAAUUUCUCUUCACCCUCACCCUGUAAGGUUUCCGUUGACCCUGCACAAGUUUGAGUGUAGAUAGGUGGGAUACUUCCUGAAAGAUUGAAAACUCUCAUUUGCAUGUCAUUUACACUGUUUCUCACUCCUUUCUUUUACUGUUGGAGGCUGUUACCUCCUUACUAUUACUUCAAUUACUUCAGUCACCACACAAGCCUUUAUUGGUUAACAUAACAAACAUAGUCAUUGGCCCGGAUCUAAUCAUACUUUGAUCUUUACAGGGAUGGGAGAAAUUUACUGAUGCUGUAAUAAGGUGGAUUAAUACAAAUCUUCAUGGUGUUGUUUUCCUACUUUGGGGCUCAUAUGCUCAGAAGAAAGGCAGCUUCAUUGACAAGGUACAAUUUCAUAGGUUCUCGCAAAUAAAAAUAUUUUCUUCUGUUCAUAUCACUUAUGGUUGGGAGAAAUUUUUGGGGUCACUCCUAUUUAUAUAGGGCUUAAAUUUUCAUUAUUUUCCAGCUUGUCCGGUAAGUAGAAGCACUAGUUUAUUUGAAUUUGAUUUGAAUUUUAGAAGAAUACCUGAAAGGUUUACAGACUGGAGAUAUUUUCAAAUACAUUGUACAUGUAUAUACGGGCAGUCAAUUCAAAAUCUAUUUCAAGUCCAUUGUCACUAUUAAUCAUCUUCCUGGCAAUGGAAUAAGUACUUCUAAAGUAACCCUUUACACCCUAAAAUAAGUAGUUAUAAAAUCUCCACUCUAUUCUCUCUCCAUUUUUGUUGUAGUUACAAGGAGAAUUUGUUUAACAAUCAGGAGCUCCUUUAGUUGGAGAUCUUUUCCAUUAUUCUUAUGACCUUUGUGAUUAUGUGAUUUAGGGUUGGUAUCGUAAUGAGAAAUUAGAUGGUAGCCAAUCAUAGGGGUCAUAGGGUUAAUGUGGAUUUGAUUCAUGUUCAGACACCUGAUGAAUGGUCUAUUUGAAACCCAUUUCAAAUAGAGUAUCAUCAUCAAGCUUCCUAAGAAGAAUGCAAAUGAAAAAGUAUUUAAAAAGGACUGUUUUCAAUCUCAUGGCUUCUUAGUUGUUUUCCUUUUUGACUGAUUAUCUUGCAGAAGAAGCAUCAUGUGUUGAAAGCUGUUCACCCUUCACCUUUGUCAGCCCACCGUGGGUUCUUGGGUUGUAAACACUUCUCUCAAGCCAAUGCAUAUUUGAAGAAAUCAGGGAAGAGACCUGUGAAUUGGUGCAAUCUUCCUAGUGAUGAAAAUGAGGCUGUGAACUGAACUUUGACUGUAAUCUGGCAUUAUAGUCCAAACUUUAUUAUAAACUUUUACUCUAGUUAGCUAAGGGUGGCAUGUUUGUUUUGUCAUAACUUGAUAGUUUAAUUCAAAAUAACAUGUGUUGGGGCUACUAUGCGAAUGUUUUGAUGUUGAAUAUUCAUGGUUUUACAAGUUUUUCAUUUGUCAUUUUCUGUUGUGUUAGACAUGGAAUGUCAUCCAUAGUUUGGUCAUGUAGGCUGACAUUCUGAACUUAUUGGAAAAUAGGUGAAAGCUUUCAAAGUGGUAUUGAUGUUAAAUAUUCAUGGUUUUACAAGUUUUUCAUUUGUCAUUUUCUGUUGUGUUAGACAUGGAAUGUCAUCCAUAGUUUGGUUGUGUAGGCUGACAUUCUGAACUUAUUGGAAAGUAGGUGAAAGCUUUCAAAGUGGUAUUAGAAAAAAGUAUUUCUUGAGAGUUUUCUCAGUUAGAUCCUGAUUAAAGAAUUGAGCUUUGGGCAGUCAUGAUAUUAAACCUUAAAUCAAUAAUUGAUUAACUGAUAUACUGAGCAAUCAACAUACUUUGAUAUAGAUAUACUGGUGUCCUAUCAUAAAUACUGCAAUCUGAUUGGCUAAGCUGUUUUUGCAACCAUUCAGUGUUAGAUAGAGGAUUAAGUGAGUGGCCUGACAAUGUGGUUGCAAAAACAAAUUAAACUGGAAAUAUAAGCCAUUCUCACUGAUAAGUUUUAAAUGAGUAAUCAAUUUACAUUUAAAAUAAUAGAGAUUUAAAAUUUCUAUUGAAAACAAUCUACUUUAUAGUAUAAAUUUAUUAGGUUUUGAAAACUUAACAAGACAGGUUCAUAUUUUUGUUUUUUUUUUUUAACCGCACACUGUUAGAAUUCUUACUUACUCACUGUCUAUUAUGAAAUAGAUAGUGCUUGGUGUUGUGAAUCAGAUUGCAGCAUUUGAGAUAGAACACUACUAGAUUUAUGCGAUAGAAAUUUCUAGCUCGUAAUCUAAUGGUUAGUUUACGGAGCGGAUCUAAACUUCAAAGGCAAAAUUGUUUUAUUUCAUUGUACUUGACAUACCACACUGAUACAUUACAAGUACAUGUCCCUCUUAAGUAUGGAAAUAUGU